AUGGAUUUCCUAAACUCGUCCGAACAAAACUUGACCUCAGAGGAACUGUUAAACCGAAUGCCGUCCAAAAUUCUGGUGUCCCUCACUCUGUCUGGACUGGCACUGAUGACAACUACUAUCAACUCCCUUGUGAUUGCUGCUAUUAUUGUGACCCGGAAGCUGCACCACCCAGCCAACUAUUUAAUUUGCUCCCUUGCAGUAACAGAUUUUCUUGUAGCUGUUCUGGUGAUGCCUUUCAGUAUAGUGUAUAUUGUGAGAGAGAGUUGGAUCAUGGGACAGGUAGUGUGCGACAUUUGGCUGAGUGUCGACAUUAUCUGUUGUACAUGCUCCAUCCUACACCUGUCCGCCAUUGCUUUGGAUCGGUAUCGGGCAAUCACAGAUGCUGUGGAGUAUGCCAGGAAGAGGACCCCCAAGCAAGCUGGCAUUAUGAUAACAAUCGUUUGGGUUAUAUCUGUGUUCAUCUCUAUGCCUCCUCUCUUCUGGAGACACCAAGGAACUAGCCGUGAGGAUGAAUGUAUCAUCAAACACGACCAUAUUGUUUCCACCAUUUACUCAACGUUUGGAGCCUUCUAUAUCCCACUAGUACUAAUUUUGAUCCUCUACUACAAAAUAUAUAGAGCAGCAAGGACAUUAUACCACAGGAGGCAAGCAAGUCGCAUUGCAAAGGAGGAACUGAAUGGCCAAGUCUUGUUGAAGAGUGACGAGAAAAGCAUUAAACUGGUCUCCACAUCCUACGUGCUAGAAAAGUCUUUAUCUGAUCCGUCAACCGACUUUGAUAAAAUGCAUAGCACAGGAAAAAGUCCCAGAUGUGAGCUCAAACAUGAAAAAUCUUGGAGAAGGCAAAAAAUCUCAGGCACAAGAGAACGCAAAGCAGCUACUACCCUGGGAUUAAUCUUGGGUGCAUUUGUAAUAUGUUGGCUUCCCUUUUUUGUAAAAGAAUUGGUUGUUAAUAUCUGUGAAAAAUGUAAAAUUUCUGAAGAAAUGUCAAAUUUUCUGGCAUGGCUUGGUUACCUGAAUUCCCUCAUAAAUCCACUAAUUUAUACAAUCUUUAAUGACGAUUUUAAGAAAGCAUUCCAAAAACUUGUACGAUGUCGAUACUAG